CUUUGGUCCUUUGUGUCAGGUGAACUGAAGUCAGAUUUUCUCUUUGGAUCUAAAACACUGAGCUGACAGCAAAAGGAGACACCAUGUUCAGGGUUUGUCUGAUAGUCUGUGUUUCUCUUAUAUUUGACAUCACAGCAAAGCCAUAUAAGCCCUGGAAUAAACUUACUGAUGAUACAUUCCAAGAUACUGUUAUGUCCAUAGAUGACAAAGGAAAGAUGUCCUGGGGAAUGGAAGUGGAGCCUCCAGAGGACACGGAUGAGACUCAUUAUGACAUCGACCCUCACAUGAUGAUUUGGAAGAGUAUGACAGGCGGGGAACAGCCCCUAAAGGCCGAAGUAGAUCUGGAUGAGCUGCACCAUCCUUCAGUGGCUGAUAUCCUCAAAGUCCAAAUCCAAAACAUGGACGUUCUCCCUGCUGACAUCCCAGCAGAGCCUGUAAAGGAAGAUGCUGGCGUGAAGUACAACGAACCAGAGGAGGAUAGAGAUGACAUUGACCACCCUGUUUUCAGUGAGGUGUCCCCAGAGGAACCUGAGCAGGACUGGGAUGAGGUCUACCGCAAAGCAAGGGAGGAGCUGGAUGAAUAUCUGGUCCCACUAAUAGCUAAAUACCAGGCUGACACAGAGAUCCGUGUUGCGCACUCUGAACCAGAGAAGGACGAGGACGGCCUGUACCAUCACGACGACCAGCCCUCGCCUGUGCAGAUGGAGCCGCUGAGACGUGAGGUCACGGGUGAAAGUGAGGUGAGGGUUCACCUUCAACCAGAGGAGGACAUGGACGACCUGUACCACAGAGACCCCCUACAGCCCAUCCCUUACCAAGAUCACGCCGACCCUGCCGUUCCUGUUGACUUGCUGUCUCAGAGGAGGCACAGCGAACCAGAGGAGGACCUGGAUCAUCUCUACCACCCAUGAUCCUUCAAUACCCACACAACUUGUGUAUAUCCAUUUCAAAUCAGAUAUAGCUCAUACACUGUCGCUGCUACAGAUAAAUAAAUCAGAAGUUUCUUUUGACUGUCUUAACACCUAAAUAAGUGUACACAUCUAAAUCUCAGUGUCGCUUAUUCUGUAUGUAUCUUAAUGAUAAAGACACUUUAACACA